AGAAUCUCUAUCUUCACGUUCUAUCUCCAACCUAAUAACUUAACGACCUUUUUUUUGUCUUGAAACAGAGCAUAACAACAACACAACAGAGACGAAAGAUUUUCUGUCUUAAUCUCUCUCCAAUUUCUCUGCUUAACUCCCUUGAAGAAAACAAAUACAAUUUGUUGCUGUUUCUUCCUUAAUUGAACGGCUCGGAACACUUACAUCUACUUUUCAUACUAUUCUUCUAACAAUCGGUGCCAUUCGGGAGUCAGUUGAUACCAACAAAAUUAUUCAAAAGCAAAACUGAGAUUUUUGAAUUACUAAAUGUCUUCGAGUAAUUCUAAUCAAGCUAUGAGGCAAUGGAUGUAUGCAAGAAUUGAUCCCAAUACCAAUCAAGUCUCAAAUUCAUUUACAGAAGGAUUGAAAAGUUUCAUGGCUAUUGCUAAAAACCAUGUUUUAUUUGCUCAAAAGCAGAAGAUAUUCUGUCCUUGCAUCAAGUGUGAGAACAGAAAAUUUCUUGAUGAGCAAACAGUCGCUGGCCAUUUAUAUAACAGAGGGUUUAUGGCUAAUUAUCUUGUUUGGGUUGCACAUGGAGAAAACUAUGGAGUUGACGAUCACCAGCAACAUGCUCAUGAAAAUACAAACACACCCAUAGAUGUCUCCAUGGAAGCUCAAAACUCUUAUGUUGAGAUGAUAAGUGAUGCCUUUAAUGAUCAUACAUCAUCUCAUAUAAGUAUUGAAGAAGAUCCCAAUGAAGAAGCCAAAAAGUUUUUCAGUCUGUUAAAUGCAAGCCAAAAUCCUAUAUAUGAUGGAUGCCGAGAAGGACACUCACAAUUGUCAUUGGCGGCUCGAUGUAUGACUCUGAAAACAGAUUAUAACUUGUCUGAGAAGUGCAUGGAUUAUAUUGCUCAAAUGUUGAAAGACUACAUGCCUGCAGAUAACACUGCCACUGCUUCAUACUACGACACAAAGAAGCUGAUGCGAUCAUUGGGGCUGCCUUACAAAAAGAUAGAUGUGUGUCAGAGUAACUGUAUGAUCUUCUGGAAAAACGACGCAGACCUAGAAAGCUGUAAAUUUUGUGGAGCUGCCAGAUUCAAAAGUGCAAAACCUGGAAGAAAAAAAGUUCCUUUUCGACAAAUGUUUUAUCUGCCAAUAGCUGAUAGACUGAAAAGAUUAUAUCAGUCAAAGAAGACAGCUUCACAUAUGAGGUGGCACAAAGAGCAUUAUUCAACUCAGGCUGGUAAUGUAAUGAGUCAUCCAUCAGAUGGUGAAGCAUGGAAACAUUUUAACCAGCUAUAUCCUGAUUUUGCCAAUGAAUCUAGAAAUGUCUAUCUUGGUUUGUGCACAGAUGGAUUUAAUCCUUUUGGUAUGUCUGGUCAAAAUUAUUCGCUGUGGCCGGUCAUUCUUACUCCAUAUAAUCUACCACCUGACAUGUGUAUGAAACAUGAGUUUAUGUUUCUCACAAUAUUAAUUCCUGGUCCCAACCAUCCAAAAAGGAGUUUAGAUGUGUUUUUACAGCCUCUCAUAGAGGAGCUUAAUGGUUUAUGGACUGAUGGAGUUGAGUCAUAUGAUGUAUCGCUGAAGCAGAACUUUACAUUACGAGCUAUGCUUUUAUGGACGAUCAGUGAUUUCCCCGCUUAUGCUAUGUUAUCUGGAUGGACAACUCAUGGACGUUUAGCAUGUCCUUAUUGUAUGGACGACACUGAAGCUUUUUGGCUGAAGCAUGGAAGGAAAACAUGUUGGUUUGAUUGUCACCGUCGUUUUCUUCCAAAAGAUCAUAGUCUGCGCCGUAACAAGAAAAACUUCAGAAAAAAUAAAGUAGUUGAUUCUGAUCCACCAACGAUAUAUUCAGGCGAAGCUUUAUGGACUGAUCAUGUGAUGGGUUUACCAAAGACUGCUAACUGUGGAGGAGAAGGACAUCCAAAAAUAGCGGGAUACGGUGAGAAACAUAAUUGGCAUAAGCAGAGUAUAUUUUGGGAGCUACCUUAUUGGAAACAUCUUCUUCUUCGUCAUAAUCUUGAUGUGAUGCAUAUCGAGAAGAAUUUUUUUGAUAAUAUCAUCAAUACAUUACUGAAUGUUCAAGGGAAAACAAAAGACAAUGUUAAAUCCCGUCUUGAUUUGGCUGAUAUUUGCAAUCGCAAGGACCUGCAUAUGACUAAUGAGGGAAAAGCUCCAGUUCCAUUAUUUAGAUUAUCUCCUGAAUCCAAGACGUGUCUAUUUAAUUGGUUGAAAAAGGAUGUUAAAUUUUCUGAUGGCUAUUCGUCGAAUCUAUCUUCUUCGGUUGAUUUUAAUGGAGGAAAGCUUUCUGGAAUGAAGAGUCAUGACUGUCAUGUUUUUAUGCAAAGAUUACUUCCAAUAGCUUUUGCGGAAUUAUUACCUAGCAACAUCCACCAAGCAUUAUCGGGUAUAAGUUUAUUCUUUCGUGAUCUAUGUGCACGGACCUUGGACAGAGAUUCUGUGGAGAUAUUAGCUAGCAAUAUCGCUAUUAUCAUGUGUAACUUGGAGAAAAUAUUUCCACCAUCUUUUUUUGAUGUGAUGGAGCAUUUGAGCGUUCAUCUCCCUCAUGAGGCAAAGCUAGGUGGUCCAGUCCAAUUUCGAUGGAUGUAUCCAUUUGAACGAUAUAUGUAUCAUUUGAAGAAGAAGGCAAAAAAUAAAGCUAAAAUUGAAGGAUCCAUCGUAGAACAAUAUGUUAACGAGGAAAUUUCAGAUUUUUGUUCAUACUACUUUGAGGCUAAUAUUCAGACUAAAAGUCGCAAUGACUCUCGCAAUGAUGAUGGAGGUGGCGUGCAUAACAAUUUAUUUCCAGAUAUUUCUGAAAUAUUUUUACAAGGUGGAAGAGGCAGUGGGAAAGCUUUGGACGUUUGGUUGGACUCAAAAGAUUAUCAACGUGCACAUUCGUACGUCCUUUUAAAUUGUAGUUAUCUACAACCCUUUGAAAAAUUAUUCGAAGAAGACAUAAAAAAGACGCAUCCCACCACAAAUGAGGCUCAGUUGUUUGAUUUAAAAGAACGUCAGUUUGGAUCAUGGUUGAAAAAACAUAUUGGAGUUGACACUAACCACAGUAUAUAUCCGUUAUGGUUGCAUGACUUGGUACACGGACCGGCAACUAAAGUAACCUCUUGGCCAAUUUAUUUUUGUCGAGGAUACAACUUCCAUACGCUAGAUCAUGGAAAAGAUCGCAGUACGUUCAACUAUGGUGUUUGUGUGAAAGGAACAUCUGAUUCAAGUGGAGAAUCUGAAUGUUAUGGAAUCAUAAAACAAAUAUUUGAGUUGUAUUAUCCAGGAGUUGUUGGUCUUAGAAUUGUUCUUUUCAGAUGCGAUUGGUAUGACUCAACAAUGGAUAAAGGUGUACGCAUAAACAGAUCAGGGAUCGUUGAUGUUAAUCGCUCUAGACGGUACGGAAAAUAUGAUCCCUUUAUUUUUGCUAGCCAAGCAGACCAAGUAUGCUUUAUAUCGUAUCCUCGUCUAAGCCAAGGAAAUAAGAAUGGUGGGAAAGCUGGAAGUGUUGAUAUCUCUUCUCGUGAUCCCUUUGAGUAUCUCGCAACUUGCCAUAUCGGGCAUCAUGUUGAAGUUCAUCUAAAAGAUGGGUCGGUUUACAGUGGCGUGUUUCAUGCUUCUGCUGAUGUGGAGAACAAUUUUGGUGAGGAGACCUUUUUGGCAAGCGAUAACACAACGGUGAGAGAGGAGAUUGUGACAGAGAAUGAUCUAGAGCAUUUGCUGCAGCUGCUUGAAGUUGGGAAUGCGACCAGGGAAUGGCAAUCCAUGAUGGACAAGACUGCUCCAAAUAUGAGUUACCAGGCUUGGCGCCAUGACAAGAGCUCCAUCCGUGUACUCAUCACUUUCACGAUGCAAAGUCAUCAGACAGUUCAGCGCCAUGGGCGUCAGGAAGAACAGGAAACAAGCUGCUUCUAA